UCUUUUUUCAUUUAUUAAGUAUUAAUUUAAUUUGAAGCAAUAAGAUAAUACAUAUAUGGAUAGCGCAGAUUGAUACUUCAACCUUGGAAAUGAUAAACAUUUUGACGUGACAAAUUAUAUUUGUCAUCACUCAUCAUUCAUCAAGGGCAAGGCUAUGGCAGCUUCACCAACCAACUCUACUUCUCAUCCUCCUCCUCCCACCCCAUCGCCUUCUCAUCCCAAAUCAAAUCUCCCCAUGUUAUACUACGGCCUCGUCGUCAUCGGCACCGCCGCCAUCGUCCUCGCGCUCUACAACCUCCUCAUCAUACGGUGGUGCGCCGAGAGCCGGCGGCGGACGCGGCUGAGGAAUCUGAGGAUGGGCGACAGCACCAGCUUCGUCAGCUUCCGGAGCUCCGACAGCCGCAGCAUCAACCUCAACCUAGCAGUGUCCAGUUUCCGGUACAAGAAUGAGGGCGUCGAGGUCAACGAGUGUGCUGUCUGCUUGUCGGCGUUCGAGGACGGCGAGGAGGUCCGGCGACUUCCCAAAUGCAACCACUCUUUUCACGCUCCUUGUAUUGACAUGUGGCUCUACUCUCACAUGGACUGCCCCCUCUGCCGCUCGCCGGUUGAGCCGCCGGUCCUUACCCGUCACAAAAACACGGCGACCGAGCAAGCCCUUGAGGGGAAUACAUCUCAGGAAGGAUUAAUAGUCCCAAACAAUGCUUCUUCAAUAGUUUAAUUUUACCAUACUUGUAAACUUUCUUCUUCUUCUUCAACUUUUUUUUUUUUUUUUGUGAGUAGAAAAUGAUACCAUUCUUGUACAGUAACCCGACCAAUCAUUCGAGUUUGGUGUAGU